CAUUGUUUUUGUGGGAAAAUGGCGGAAGUUGACAUGAUUAUUGGUGUUUUGAUAAUUUUUGUUGUAUUUCUAUUAUUUCUAACAAUUAUUGCAUUGCUUUAUGUAUCUGGGCUUUUCCACACAAUUGAAAUAGGCACCGGAAAGCCACCAAUAGGACAAGUCACUAUAGCAUACAAGUUUGUUAGAGGACCUUACAAAGAUUCAGGUCAAUUUUUUACAGAACUUUCAAGUCAUUUGAAACCAGAACAACGCUGUUUAGGCAUUUUCUAUGACGACCCGAAAGUGGUACCAAAAGAUCAAUGUCGAUAUGCUGUUGGAGGUAUGAUAGCUAUGAACGAUGAUACUCCAGAUGAAGAACAGAAGAAAUACCUUAUUGGUGAAGGAUACAAAAUAUUUAAAUUGCCUACUGUGUCCUAUGCUGUUAAAACAGAUUUUCCAUACAUAAGCUACAUGUCGAUAAUACUUGCAGUGUUUAGAGUUUAUCCUAAACUUUCAAAAUAUGUUAAGGAAAAGAAAUUAUGUGCCCAUCCAUUUCUAGAAAUAUAUGAAGAUUCAAAAAUCCACUUUAUGGCUCCAUUAGCCAAACAGAAUGAGUUUUAUGUGGAAGAAGCAGCAGACAGUACCAUGGAAGACGGAGAGGACCUGGAUGAAUCUAUGUCAGCAGACAACAGCUCAUAUGGGGGAAGUGUAUCUCGCAGUGAAUUCUCAGUGGCAACUAGUUAUAUGGGAAGUAUAAUUGAGGAUUCAGAUGAUGAAGAUGAGGAUCUUUUGAGAUUGGAUGAAGUUAAAGAAGAACCAUCAGAUACACCUAUUAAAGAAAUAGAUGUAAAUGAUUCUGCUGACAGGGAGGUUACUCUUGAUGAUAUUCAGAACGUUGUCUUGCCAGAGUUGUCUUUACCUGAAGAUAUCACAGCAAGCAUUGCUAGCUUUCAGGAUUCUGGUUUUAGCUCUGAGCAAGUAAUAUCCCCUGAAAUGAGUCCCAUGAAAAAGGAAGAAGUCACUGAUGCCAAGAUAGGUGAUGUUCAGAACUUAGAUGCCAUGAAAAAAGAGGAUAGUCAAGAUUCAAUUGAUGGAAAUGAAUCCUCAUCCUCAUUUGAGGUUAUAGAUGAUAAAACAGAGUUGUGAUUAUUGUUUAUUAAUUGUUUAUUUUGUUGAUUUGGGAACAUUAGUGAAGUACUGGUUGAUUUGUUUAUGCAUUCAUUUCCCCAACUGUUUACAAAUUUUUAUUUAUUCAUUAUAUCUUGUUUGGCAAAUUAAAAAAAAAAAAUAACGAUGAAAAUUGUAAACAAUGAAAUGGGCAUGCUAUUUAGCAGAACAUAUUUGUUGUGAAAUCUUUUAAAUUAUCUAUACAAAAAUAUGAUAGACUAAAUACCUCACUCCAAACUUUUAAGUUAUUUAUUCUCUUAUUUUUUUUGUUUAAUAUUUGUGUUCAAGCUACAUGUAUUUGUAACAAUUACACAUUUUGUAAGCAGUGAAUUUUGAAGAAAUGCACAAUACUGUGUGUUAUGAAUACUCCCUUUUAACCCUUUCAGGCAAAUGAUGCCUUGAGGUAAUGCUGUUUAUGCCUGGACCAAUGAUGAUAUGCCUCAAAGCAUCUUCUGUCUGAUGCUAAACAAUCCCAUCAGGUAUUGUCAAUUCGUUGAAAUACUUGUUUCCAAUGUUUUUCAAGCAAACUUAUUAUGAAGCAGAAUAGUAAUUAUUUUUCUGAAUUGAUAUAUCUAAAACAAACAGAAUUUGAAUUUUCUACAAGUCUCAUUUUGCAGCUGAUCAAUGUCCACUCAAGUAUUAAUUAAAUUAUUUAUAAAAAUGUUAAAUACAUUGUACAAAUGCUUAUAUGCUUCCAUGUAUAUCAAGGGAUUGUACAUAAUGUACCUGCAAGUUUUAUGAUGAAACAUAUCAACUAUAAUGGUAGGCGGGAUGCACAUAUGUCUACCAUCUUCCACCUUCCAUUUUGAUUGGUGGAGAAAACCUAUCUAAUCUGUAAUGUACAAAUACAUAUAUAUUUACACAUUUAGUUGAUUGAUUUGCAUUUUUGCAUUAAGGACAAAAGUUUCUCAAUGUGGCAUUUUCAAAUAUUUUAAUGCUCCAAAAGUAAUGGCCAGGAUAUAAAGUGUUACCCAUGUCUUCUGAAGUGAAACAGCUGUCUUAGAACUUUUUUCAUUAUACAUGUACCUGCAACUAUUGCUCGGCUUUUUGAUACAUUUGUGUAUAAUGAAUGAUGUCUUACAGAUCGAAUUUUGUGUUCAGGUUGACAUAAUUUUCAUAGAAUUGUGACCCUUUGAGUUCUUGAACAUUGUAAUUUUCCUGACUUUUUUGUAAUACCUGCAGAUCUGGAGCUUAUUUGUUGUACAUAAGUGUAUAACGAUGACUUACAGAUAGAGUUUGAAUUUUUAUCUUUUUAUGCAAGCAGAUAUCAUGGAUAUGAUUUCUUAUUAACUGAUAUCAUAAAAAAAAUGUAAUCAGAGAAUUAUUGUGGUUAAUUUUGGCAGAGUUUGUAUGAAAUAUAUUUUUUCCCCUCUAUUUAUCAUUUUUUUCUAUUAACUUGUAUGUACACUAUACCGAAGCAGGGUAUCAAACAUGUGAUUUGGGCAGUACAUUAAAAGGCAGCUUGUCUGAUUUUUAAUGAUUGCUGGGUAAUCUGUUAAAAGAGGAGAAGAAUAUACUGUUGAGUGCCAUUUAAACUAUGCGGGUUUUUUUGUGUGUGCUUUAUUGUAUAGUGUUUAAAAGUCAUAAAUCUUUGAUAGUUA